AUGACUGUAAUUCUUGAAUUAGAGAAAAUGAUAUACUUCUGUGAGAACAUCCCACAACAAUACUCUCUUCUGACAGAAGAUGCCUUUUUGAUACUACUUUGUCAAAUGACUUACCCUACUAUAUUGAAGGAUAUUUUGAUAGUGUUUGGAAAAUCCAAAAGCACUAUAAGUAAAGUAUUCAAUAACAUAAUCAACAAGCUUGUCCAGAAGUUUGAACCCGCUCUUUUAUUUGACUAUCACCAGUUUUGGGCACCUGUAGAGCACUGUGUUGGGUUUAUAGAUGAGAGGCUAUGGCCUGAGAUACUAGACUGUUAUAACUCCAGAUGUAGAAUAGAAGACAUAAUGAAGAAAACAUUUGAUAUCAGAGGCAAAGGAUGUGUCACUUUAGACAAUAUAAGUCUUUUGAAAUUCCAUACUUAUAUCUUAGAUUCUUCAAACCCAGAUCACAAGGAUGUGAAUACAGCCAUGUCAAGUGUACGCAUUGUAGUAGAGAAUGAAUUUGCUCAUGUUGCAAGUCUGUUUGCUUUUAUCAAAUAUCUACAGUCGCAGCAUAUCUUUCUUUGCCCUGUUAGAUUCUAUUACCUUGUUGCAAUAUUGUUGAACAAUUUUCACAAUUGCUUUAACAGAGAAAAGCAGACCAGUAAGAGGUUUGGUGUUAUUUCUCUAAUAUCAACAGAGUAUAUUGAUGACCUCUUGGGAAAUACGUAA